AUGGCUCCUAUUCUAGGCUUUGUCGACGUCAGCACGCUCUCGCCUCGGGCUGUCAAGCAAUACGAGGCUAAUAUGGAGAAGGAAAACUCCAUAGCCACACUUCUUCUCGUGAUCAUCGUGAUCAUCGGUGCAAUCGCCUUGGGAGGCACUUUUUACUGUCUGAUAAAGCCCAAGUGUGAGGAAAAGUGGAAGCCCAAGCUUAAGCCCAAGCUUCGGGACUACAAGAAGAAGUGUGAGGGCUGGAAGAAGAUGGUGGGGGACUGGCAUAUCCCCAAGGAACUAAGGGCGCCAGAGCCUGCUCAUGUGGCUGCUCGCCCUGUUCCUGAGGCUCCGGAGGUCAAACAGAUCACCCGUGAUCUGACCCCGGAGUACAUGAAGAUGUCGACGGCGGGCAUCCUCUAG